AUGGGAAAUUAAUGUAAAGGUUAAUAUUGUGAUAAUGAAUAUCGAGAGGAAGUAUCACAUACUCCAUUAGAUAUAUUCAAUAAGAUAGUAAAGAUAUAAGCAAUUAUACGUGGAUUUCUAUCAAGAAGAUAAAAACUUAUAUUGAAAAAUAAUAAAUAAUUAUUAAUGGAAGAAAGAAGAAUUUUAAAAAAGUUUGGAUUUCAUAAAUUAGAACAUAUAUUAACAUACAAGAUUUUAAGGAAGAAAAACAUUAAGAUUAUAGUUUAGGAUACAUAAGCAUAUGUUGGUGAAAUUAAUAGUUAAAAUUAACCACAUGGAAUAGGAAGAAUAGUUUACUCAAAUAAUAGUUAUAAAGAAGGAGAAUAUCAGAAUGGAGAAUUACGUAAAGGAAUCUAUUAUUUUAAUGAUGUUAUUUUGUAAGGUUAAUUUCAAAAUAAUUUAUUACAUGGAAGAGGUAGAACUAAAUUUAAAGAUGGAACCACUUAUGAAGGUGGAUUUGAAAGAGGAAUACGAAGUGGAUAUGGAAAAUUAAUAGAUAUUAAUGGAAAUAUUUUUGAAGGUCAAUUUAAGAAUGGUUUAUUAAAUGGAGAUGGAGAAUUCGUUGGAAAAGAUGGUAGAUAUUAUAAUGGAGAAUGGUUAAAUGGUAAAUAUCAUGGAAGAGGAGAAUUACUGUUUCCUGAUGGAUAAAAGUAUAUUGGAGAAUUUGAGAAUCAUAGGAGACAUGGAUUUGGUUAAUAAAUUACAUAACAUGGUUAAUAUGUUGGUACUUGGAAAAAUGGGAAAUAAUAUGGAGAAGGUUAAUUACUCUUUAAUGGUUAAUAGAUAAAAUGUAUUAAUGGAUGUUAUAAAUGA